UAACCAAGAACAGGGGAAAGUCAGAGGAAAUUGUGGAAACUGGAGACGAACGGAGUGUCACUGAGAAAAUUUUGAGUUGGUCAACAUGAGAAGAGCCAACGGACUCCCUACCCUCGGCAGAGCCCUAUCAUGCGGCGGUGCCUCCACCGAACAACGGCUGGUUCAAGCGGCGUUGAUUAGCACUUUCUCUUCUUCAUCGUCAAAUUCUCAUAUUUUCUCGCAGAAACUAGCCGAUCGAUUGGGGCUUUCGCGUCCCUCCCUCGAGCGCGGUGUUGCGGGGACCAUGUUGUUUUCCGUGGCAGCAUCGUCUCUGGCUCAGGACGCCCAUGCUAAGGAGCCGCCUCGCUCUAAGAAGUUCCUUUACAAUGAAGUCGUUCUGUACCAAUAUGAAGCUUGCCCUUUUUGUAACAAGGUUAAAGCAUUUUUGGAUUAUAAUAACAUCCCAUAUAAAAUUGUGGAAGUCAACCCCAUCAGCAAAAAGGAGAUCAAGUGGUCUGAUUACAAGAAGGUGCCCAUACUGAAAGUUGAUGGUGAACAGAUGGUUGAUUCUUCAGAUAUAAUCGAUAAGCUUUUUCAUAGGAUCAAUCCUGAUAGCUCUAUCCCUGAUGAUGGUGAAGAGAAGAAAUGGUGUCAGUGGGUGGAUAAUCACUUGGUGCAUGUUUUAUCCCCAAACAUAUAUCGAACUACUUCUGAGGCACUUGAAUCAUUCGACUAUAUCACCACUCAUGGCAAUUUCAGUUUCACCGAGAGGUUAGUAGCAAAGUAUGCUGGAGCAGCAGCUAUGUAUUUUGUCUCAAAGAAACUGAAGAAGAAGUACAACAUUACUGAUGAGAGAGCAGCCUUGUAUGAAGCUGCAGAAACGUGGGUGGAUGCUUUAAAGGACCGGCACUAUCUUGGUGGAUCAAAACCCAAUUUAGCUGACCUUGCUGUUUUUGGCGUUUUGAGGCCGAUCCGAUAUCUAAAGUCUGGUAAAGAUAUGGUGGAACAUACACGUAUUGGCGAAUGGUACACUCGGAUGGAAAACACUGGGGGAGAAUCUGCUAGAAUUAAGGAGUAAGUGGAAAAAAAUUUUCUGCUGGAGUAGAACUUGCAGCCUGUCAACCGGAAUUUGCAAGCACGGAGAAUUUUAAAAUAAUUGUUUUUGAAGAGAGUUUUCUACAAAACAGGCAAGGGUAGGAUUAAUCAUGUGAUUACUUCUAUCUGAUAUAAUGUGGUGCUGUAUGGAUAAUUGUACAUUAUACAGUUCUCAUAAGCAGCUUUUACUGAAAAUCAAAAGAAAUAAAUAGUUUCCACUGUAGUUGCUCAUAUUAGUUGCCGUUGUUUUUGCUCCA